CUCCUGAUGGUCAUUUGCUUUCUGCGCUCGAGGAGAAAACGUACUUGUCCUGGAAGAUAAUGCCAUAUUGAAGGACUUUGUUGAUCAUUUUGACAAUUAUUAAUAGUCCAAUACAGGCGUCUUCGUUUCAGCUGCGAUGAGCGAUGGAGAGAGAGAGAGAGGAACAGCUGUGGUAGCGAGACAGUGAAGGGAGGAGGAUCUCAGUAAGAGUCAGAUGCUGCACCAGGCAGGAGCAGACAGAACCGUAGACAACGUUGGAAAAAGAGGAUGAUCAUUGUGAAGGAAUGCGAAAUAUGAAGGAAUAUAUUUUUGUGCUCUUACAACUGGCUUAAUAACAGAUCAGAAUGGGAAAUACAGAUAGUCAGUACAUCAUCCCUGGUAAGGGAAAGUCUAGCUCCCUAAAGCUGCACACUUCUAAAGAUGAGGCACUCUCUCCACACUCUUGGUGGAGGAGCUCCCAGAGCACCUCUGGAUACAAGGCCAAAAAUGGUUUUUCACCACACAAGAACAGCCAACCUUACAUUUCCCGCCAUUAUGACUGCAUUAAGGGGGAAUCCAGUGACAAAGUACAUUCAGAGAGCCACAGAGACUAUGACAACAUUUUAUUCCAGGGAAAUGGAUUCUUUGUAGGCUACAGACAACAGACCGGAGGCCUCCAGGCCCCAGUGAGGAGCACCGGUUCUGAACUUAAAGAUAAUAAGAGCAGUCCCAAAGUUCUUUUUCGCGAGGAUGGAAGUCUGAGGGUUGAGUUUACCAAUGCACGGAGGGAGCCGGAUGUUGAGCUGUCACUGGGCAGCUGUCUCAGUGGACCUGUUGAUGCUAUCCAAAGGGCCAGUAAUGGGAGCUCUCUUAGCUCUGAGGGUUCAUGGUAUGACUCACCAUGGGGGAAUGGGACAGAAGAUCUGUGUGAUAACGUCUUCACCACCGGCCAACCUUCGGAUAACAGUAGUGGAUAUACCACACUCUCAUCUACACGUACUGUGGACUUUGGAUGUUUUAAUGGUUACAAUACAGAGCAAUCAGAGAACCGUAUGGGUAACCUGACCUGCCAACCCACAGUUCACUGCAGUCAGUAUGUAACCAAUGAUUGCAAUAGUAAUGGGUACAGUGCUAACCGCUCUGAGGAGGACAGUGGCAUUGGAGACUCUGUGCUAAUUCAUUUAGAACAUAAUGGACUAUCUGACCUUUACACAAACCCCAACAUGACUGUGCCAUUCCCUACCGUGGGCAUCCUUGCAGCGGAUCAACUCGAGGAUGCUCCUCACCUUCAAGCCUCAAUGACCUCUUCCCUGGAUGUGAACUCCCAGAAUGAGAGUCAGAAAACCCAGAAUUACAUCUCACAAACCCUGCCAUGCAGAAAAGCAGUUCCUGAUGGGAAUACAAGGAAGGACUCGCUUAAGAGUCGCAUCCGCCGCCUCAGCGAUUGGACGGGAAGUCUGAGCAGGAAAAAGCGUAGGCUGCAGGAACCUAGUACUCUGGACUUUACAGAGGUUGUCAGCUGUGGAGCUGGGGUCACACUAGAGGAAUCCAGACCGUUUUGGAAUCCAGUGUCCUCCCAGACACUGUUAGACUGCUCUAGUUCCUCAACAGGCCCAUUUAGGCAGCAAAACCCGAGUGCGGCUUUGAGGCAGAACAUCUAUGAGAACUUUAUGCAGGGCCUAGAGACUGGAAGCAGCAGUGGAACUGCUGAAGGACUCCAGGUCUGGGAAUGUGAAGGAGAAAGCAGCAGUGGCUCAAUGGGCUCCUUGGAGCAAAUGGAUUUCCUGUUUGAGAAGGAUCAAGGUGUUGUGCGGAGGGCUGGUUGGUUGGCUUUUAAGCCCCUCAUUACCCUCCACAAAGACCGCAAACUGGAACUGGUAGCAAGACGCAAAUGGAGGCAGUAUUGGGUCACGCUCAAAGGCUGUACACUUUUGUUGAGUGAAUCAAAUGGAAAGACCUCAGCUGAGCAAGAAUGCACACCUCGUUACGCAUUGCUUGCUGAAGACAGUAUUGUUCAGGCAGUUCCUGAGCAUCCCAAGAAAGAGCACGUCUUCUGCCUCAGCAAUGCCUAUGGAGAUGUCUAUCUCUUUCAGGCUGCAAACCAAACAGACCUUGAGAACUGGGUGACGGCCAUCCAUUCUGCCAGCGCUUCCCAUUUAGCUAAGCGUCAGGGGAAGGAGGACACUCUGCGUUUGCUUAAGAGCCAAAGCAGAGCUCUCCUGCAAAAGAUCGACAUGGAUGGCAAAAUGAAGAAGAUGGCAGAGUUGCAGCUGUCCGUCAUCAGCGACCAGAAGAACAGGAAGGCUAUUGAGAGCCAGAUCCUGCAAUGGGAACAGAACCUGGAGAAGUUUAACCUAGAGCUGUUCCGCAUGCGCUGUUACCUGGCUAGCCUGCAGGGCACAGAGCUGCCCAAUCCAAAAAGCCUGCUGGCCACUGCUGGACGCCCAUCUAAAAUGGCGCUAGGUCGUCUGGGAAUUUUUUCUGUCUCAUCCUUUCAUGCACUGAUAUGCACUCGCGAUGAAGCUACCCUGAAGAGACGAUCUCGCUCUCAUCCUCGAGGUAUGCGGAACAAACGAGGACUACUCUUUUCUUCACAGAAAGGAUUAGACAGUCUGACCAAACGCAACCGGGAGAAGAGACAGUCCCUGUCCCAGAUAUUUGAAGGAUACUCCUCUGGAUCAUUUGGUCAUUCAUCCACGCAGAACAGCUCAGAGCAGAAGCUGGACGGCUUCACCAAAUUGCAUGUAACAGCGCCACCCGAAGGAAACCAGUGGGACUGCAGUCUGGAGAGCAGGGUGUUCGUGCUCAUGCCAGACACUCAGGUCCUCAGUGUGCCAAUCAAACAGGACUGUCUGGUUUCUGAUGUUCUCUCCCUGACCUGCAAGAUAAAGCAGCUCGACCCAGCUCUGCACUGCCUGCACAUGAGGAGACAUCUGGGACAAGAUGUGGAGAGAAGCACUCCAGCGCCCACAGACCUUGUAAAGACCCUGGUCUAUGAUGAACUGGAAGUUUGGCCUAUCAAUGUGUUGACCAUAAACAUGUCACGACCGGACACAACCGUAGAUUUUGGUUUUGCGGUCACAGGUCAUGUAGAUGGUGCCAGGAGAAGUCAUGUGUUUGUGAGCGAGGUGAAUCCUGAAGGCCUGGCGUUUAUCCGAGGUCUGAAAGCUGGUGAUGAGAUCUUGACUCUCAAUGGCGUGAGUGUGGCCUCUCUAGACCUGGGCCUCAUGCAGAGCUUAUUCAGCCAGCAUGAACUCCAUCUUGUCCUCAGACGCGAGGACUACAGUACAGAUGAUCUGAGCCCCGUCUGGCCAGACUGUGACCCCAGUGAACCCGAUCAACCCCAACCUCCUCGGGCCAACAUCAUUCACCCGGAGCAGUGGACCACAGCUCCGGCUCAGGAGCAGGAAUUUCCCGAGGUCUCCGUGGCGCCUGCUUUGGAGGAGCUGGACGAUAAGGCCGAGCGGGGCGGGAAGAACCCAGAGACGGCGUGUAAUCUCUACCAGACAUUUCCUGAAGGCUCUGUCCCCGUGCCGGAGGGCCACAGGAACCCUUACUCCACUGAAAGUACCCUUGCCAGAUCCUCUCCUCGUCACAUGUCUGUCACAGAGCGUCUGCGCAUGGUCAUUCAAGAGCUGGUGGAAACGGAGAAAUCUUACGUCAAGGACCUUGAAUCCUUGUUUGAGAUCUAUCUGAAGCCAUUACAAAGAGAAACCUUCCUCAGUCAUGAUGAGAUGGAGUCUCUGUUUGGCAGCCUGCCAGAGAUGCUGGACUUUCAGAGGGUUUUCCUACAAACCCUAGAGGAGAGGACAACUUCCUCACCAGAGUACCAUGCACUAGAGACUCCAGAAAAACUCAAGAAGCUCCUCUUCUCCCUUGGUGGAUCCUUCUUAUACUAUGCAGAUCACUUUAAGCUUUACAGCGGCUUCUGUGCCAAUCACAUUAAGGUGCAGAAAGUUCUGGAAAGAGCAAAAACAGACCGGGCCUUCAAAGAGUUCCUGGAGGCGAGGAACCCCACCAAACAACACUCGUCCACCCUGGAGUCGUACCUCAUUAAACCCGUGCAGAGAGUUCUGAAGUACCCGCUGCUGCUGAGGGAGCUGGUGUCUCUCACUGACCCUGAGAGCGACGAGCACAGCCACCUCACAGAGGCAUUAAAGGCUAUGGAGAAGGUGGCCAGUCACAUAAAUGAGAUGCAGAAGAUCUACGAGGACUACGGCACGGUGUUUGACCAAUUAGUGGCAGAGCAGAGCGGCCCUGAGAAGGAGGUUACUGAGAUCUCCAUGGGAGAGUUCAUCAUUCACAGUUCAGCACUCUGGCAAAACCCUCUGCCUUCUUUGGGUCGCAUGAGAAAAGACCCUGAACUCACCCUCUUCCUCUUCAAGAGAGCACUCAUUUUGGUGUAUCGGGAAAGCAAGUUAAAGAAAAGAAUGACUUCUUCACGGCCUGGAGAUCUGGAUCCUUUUAAAUUCCGCUGGCUCAUUCCUGUUUCAUCCCUCCAGGUCCGACCUGGAAAUUCAGCAGGGUCAGAAAACCCUUGUGUUUGGGAAGUUGUUCACACCAAGUCUGAAGUGGAGGGACGACCAGAAAUGUCCUUUCAGCUCUGCAGCAGUAACCUGGAGAACAAGGCUAAUGCAGUGAGGGCAAUCCGUACUCUUCUGAGAGAGAACGCCAAGCGGACAGCUCCAGUCGAGCGGCCAUUUAAAGAUCUAAAUUCUAACUCCACCUUCCCCAGGAGAAGUCACCCAGGAGCUCUUAGAGCAAACUCCUGGCAGCGGCUCCCCCCACAGUCUGACUCAGAUGAGGGCAGACUGCUCGACGGAUAUGCUCACUCCGAACCUCCCCUCAGGCCCUCCAGAGGCCAGAGCUCUUCUCUGAGCAAGAGAUCCACAUUGUGCUCCCUGACCAGCACCUUGGAAGCUCAACUCCAGAGACUGAACUUCGUAGAGGAGCCACAAGGAACGAGCCAAAGCAGUUCCAGCAGCCUUCAGGGCAGUCAGGUGACUCUGCUGGAGGACACUCCAGGCCUGGACCUCAACACCCUGCUGGCCAGGGACUACACCGUGCAAAGUUUCGGUUCGGUAGUUAAUGAGGAUUGUUUUUACGACACGGUCAUGGGCAUCCAAAAAGCUGCCAUCCCCACCCUGUAGAGGAAGCUGGUGCUAUAAAGAUUAAAUGCACUAAAACAUGACUAUUGUGCCUUGAUAUGAAGAGUUUUUACACAGCCAGUUUUAUAUCAACUCUGUCAAAAAAAAACAACAACUAGUGAGCUGCCUGCCUGGAUUCCAUUUUAAAGCAUGAAAAGCAUUAUAAUCAUGCUGCCUUCUUUGCUCAUGUUGUAAAGCAGUGUCACAUGUAUUCCUAUCAGAAAUCAUCCAUAAUGGCAGAUGACCAUAAAUAUACUUAUUCAAUAGUGAGAAGUUUAAAAUAAUUAAGAUUUUUAUUUUUAUUUUCAAAUGUUAUUUGAUCAAAAAAAAAAACCCAUUUAAAUAAACAUUAGUCAUUUAUUUGUAAAGAACCGCUUAAUAUAUUUUGAAAUGUUAUUUAUUCCUGUGAUGGCAAAGCUAAAUUUUUGGCAGCUAUUUUCUUUGGAAAUCAUUCCAUUAUGCUGAUUUGGUGCUCAAAAAACAUUUCUUAUUAGGCCUUUUUUUAUCCUAAUUAUUCCAAACUUUUGUAAUGGUAUAUAAUAAAGAUUUAAUUUAACCAGGGUUAUUGAAACUUGGAUGUAUGAGGAAAUAUAAAAUAAUGAAUAUUUAAAAUAUAAAGUAUACAAAAAUAUAUGUACAAAUGGAAACCUAUUGUGGACAAUUUGGCCCUCGGGAGUAAAAUGAGAGUUUCAUCUGGGCAGUCAGCUCACUAGGUUUGGGACAGAGCCUCUAUGUGGAUGAACAAAUGGAUGAUCCUGCCUUAAAUUCAAAGCACAGUUUACUUUUCCAGAGCAUUCCGUAUGAGCUGACACAUGUAUUAUUAAUACACGAGCAAAGACUGUUUCACUGUAAGUGAAUACUGUAGCUUUACAUUUGUGUUUGCUUGUUUGACAAAGGCUGAAGACUGAAACAGCUUGAUUUCAGCAAGCUGGGCGACUUUUGAUAAACCUGAAGUCUGAAUAUAAAAUAUUUUGUCUAAAUUAUGCUUGUAUAUGUUUCUUACAGAAUUGUUGUGUGCAUUUGUAAUGUGUUUUUUUUAAAUAAUUAUUAUUCAAAAGGCAUGUUUUACAGUCCUUAAGUUAAAACGCCUAAGGUUUCUCUGUAGUUUAAGCUUGAAAAUACUGUUAUUUCCGUUAAGAUAUGAAUGUUGAUAUGCUCUGUUUUCAGUUUUAGUCCCUGUAAUUUAUUUGUAAAAACAUACUGUAUGACUUAACUAAACAUACUUUGGGAAAAUGAUUUUGUUUUUUCUAUUUAAUAAAGCCUGUGUUCUAUAAUAUGUAUAUCAUUAAAAUCUUGCAAAUAUUUAUCUUCUGCAUCAUUGCCAUAUUGAACCAGUCAAACAGAAACAAGAUUUCAGUACUUGACAAGAUUUCUGUUCAUAAAUGAAAACAAAGAUAAUUGCAGCCAAUCAAAACGCUGAUUUUUUUUUUUUUAUGAUUAUGUACAUAUACGUUUUAUGUAAACUGCAAUGUCUUUGGAAAAAGUUUAGAGAUUAGAGAUAUUUCUUUUUCGAUACACCAACUUUAUUUUAAAUGUACUAGGUAGACAGAGAGACAUGGAAUAGAAAAAAAAUACGCUCAACUGAGUGAUAAUUAUGAGCCUUUUUCUCUAGCUUUCUUUGUUGAGGAUUUUUGUGGGCGAUGUUCAUUGUGUAUGUGGCCUUUGAUAGUACAUUUCUUUGUCCGUUAGAUUGAAAAGAGAUGGGGGGGGUGUUGUUCUGUACUACAAAAAAGAGCUUGAUUUACAUUCUGAGAAGCUGUACCAGUGCUUGCCAGGCAG